GGCGGUGUUCCGCUCAUCUGCCAGGGACGUCCACUUCCAGGUUGUCUUGGUAGCGAUACAAGACGGACAAGCAGUCGCCCGCGUUUACUCAUCAGAGACCAGGUUGUGGGGCAAUCUCAUCACAGCACCCGUUACAUCCGAAUCCGGCGACUUAUUUGUCACCUAUGUUACUAUGGAGCCCGCUGUGCUGGUUGGGCAUGCUCUUUAUUGGAUACUUUCUGGAACUUCGUCGCAUAUCCUCGAGUUUGAUUUGGAGAGGGAGAGCCUGGCCGUGAUACGGAUGCCAGUGUAUUUUUCUAGUGUCAUGUGGCCCAAACUCAUGCAGGCAAAUGAUGGUAAGCUGGGUAUACUCUAUGUGUCAGGCUUCAUUGCCCAGUUAUGGAAGAGGAACACUGACUUGCAUGGUGUUGCGUCAUGGGGGAUUGGAACAACUAUUGAACUGGACAAGCUACUUUCUCUGGAUCCAAGGGAUGUUGUAAUUAUACAAGGGUUUGCUGAGGACUCUCAUUUGGUGCUCCUGAAGACCACUACCAGCCUCUUCACGCUCAAGCUUGAGCAAUUGCAGUUCAAAAAACUUUUCGACACCAAAAUACUUCCUUGCUGCUAUCCAUUUGAAAGUGUCUAUGCUGCAGGUACCUAGAAUUGUAUCCUGGUUUGGUGAGAUGCGGGAAUGGCCCUUUUGCUGAAGGUUCUUUGGCUUCACCUGAAGAUCAGCCAUCUACACAGCGUGCACUGGUCAUCUGGGAAGUAGACCUGUAAGAGGAGUUAAUCAUUUAGUUUGCCAACUCCCCUUUAUUAUCGAAUUUCUGGACACAAUUAGCCAACUGGGAUGAUGAAGAUACAUUGGCUUGCUUCGGUUAAUUAG